GCUUAAAUUUUUUCACACGCGAGCUUGCUUCCCACUUUCCUCACCCACGAACAAUUGUUCUGAAACGGCAUGUAUGGACGGAGAACACAUUUCGGAUUUGGUCCACCAGCUUAACGAUGUUGAGCUUGCGGUGCUGUUAUCACUGGUCGCUGGAAAGCACUGUAUUCUGACGACAGAGCCAGAAUGCUUGGAGCUUUUGCGGCAGCAGAUUGAGCUACUCGGGCCAGCCGUAUUUGGACUUACGGUGGCGACCGUUCAGUGCACUCCUGAUACCACUCUUGACGAUUUUAUAGAACCGUUGCUAUUCGACGAAACCCGACCUUCACCCUCCUCACAUGGCAUAUCGCCUGUGAAUAACCGUGAGUCUGGAGAAUCCUACUUUGGCACACGAAACCGCUCAAGCCUUUUACGGACCUCCUCACAGGGUACUCACCACGAGAGCACAAGUGGUAUCCGUAAGCUUGCCAACAUUAUUAUUGCACAGGACCUCGAUCUUGCAAGCAAUCAGGUCCAGACUCAAGCAUUAGAGCUUAUCAGAACCAAACGAUUCUGCACGAGCAAGAAAAACUUUCACUGUGCCCCCAACCGAUUUCUCCUGAUUGCUUUACUUGGAAAACCCAAUGACGAGUCCAGUCUUUCUAGCCACUUGUGUGAUUACUUUUUCAUUUCUCAUCAUCACCCCUCUGACGAGGGAUUCCCAGAGGUGGAGCGGGAAGUUGAGUCCGAGCAAUCCGAUGUCGACUCCUUAGCCUCUGUUGUUAUUCGAAAGGAGGUAUAUGUUCGAUCUAGUCGUUUUCCUGAGGAUGCAUAGAGCGGUAGCAGGCGGCAUCUCUGCUAGGGCAACGAAGGACUUUGAGGAACUAGUAAGGUAGGUCCCCACGCCCACAUGCCUCGCGCCACUGCAUAGCUUAGAUUUCGUAACCCCAUCGCUGGCAAGCCUUGGAGUCUACAAGGCCUACAGCCACCGCAUUGAGCUUGUUCAGCAUCCCGAUGGCGAGCGAAGUAUACUUUGGGGAAGUCGGCCAAGCGCGAUUGCGGAGUAUUUGAGGCAUGUUGAUGUUCAAGGCGUCCUAGAUGAAGUAGUCACCGGAGUUAAGGUGCCCCUGUGAAGUAGCGGGAUAACCCCUAAUCCAAAGCAUGAUAUCAGUGUGCCACCACGAACGGCUGGUUGUCAACGGCAGAUGGUUUGGGGGAAGGCGUAUAUUAUAUCCUGUAGGAGCAUAUUGAGGUGGGUGUAUCGUAUAUAGAACACUUAUUCCGUAAUAACAUGACAUCAUUGGGGAUGAAGAAAAA